ACAUUCGCUCUACUCGAAUUCGAAUUUCGAUCGAUUCUGGGGUGGUGUUGAGAAAAUUGUGAUAUAUUAUCGGUAGAGCGACCCUCUUCAAAAAGGUAAAAUAUUAAUGAACUAAAAUUAAUUGCUUGUUAGUGAACAGUGUUUCAUUUAUUACUAUUAUUAAGAAACGUAAGUGAUAAAUACGACUCAAUUUUAACAGAUGGCGAAUAUUCUUAUGCGCCGUGUAUUGUUAGAUGCAAUCCGGGUGCCUGCCGGUACAAGGGCUUCUAGUGAGGUGGCUAAGAUUGGCAACCGUGAGUGGGUAGGCUAUGGCUUCAAUGGACAGCCAAACUAUAUGGACAGGCCCGACUACCCCCUUCCAGCUGUGAGAUUCCGCCCCGACACACCUGAUAUCAAAGUGCUCCGUGAAAAAGAAAAGGGUGACUGGCGCAAACUGACCGUAGAAGAGAAGAAAGCCCUCUACCGGGCGUCCUUCUGCCAGACCUUCGCUGAAUUCCAGGCCCCCACAGGACAGUGGAAGGGGGCCCUAGGCUGGGCGCUCAUCAUCGCUUCCAUGUCCCUCUGGGCAUACAUGGGCAUGAAACUCUUCGUGUACUCCCCUCUGCCCGAGUCGUUCAGCGAGGAGAGCCAGAAGGCACAAUUGAAGCGUAUGCUGGACCUGAAGGUCAACCCUGUGGACGGACUAUCCUCGAAAUGGGACUAUGAGAACAACCGCUGGAAGUAAACGGUCUCUUUGGUGCUUGGUUGUUCAGGGGCUUGCUAGCGGUAGAGUAGGCAAUGUUAUUUAUUUAAGUGAAUAAAUCUGUAAGAUAAUUAAACGUAAUUCCGGUUACCUA